UCGUGCCAGCCAUGUGGUGCCCCGAGACAUGGAGGAAGUGCCAUAAUGUGCCAUCAUCGUAGCUGACCGCGAUGACUCCCGUAAUUAUAUAAAGGAUAGAGACGUCGAGGAUUUCCAUCAUUUAGGACGCGGCGGUUUCUCCGGAGAGCACGGGUGAGCGUCGCAAGGAUUAGCUGCGAAGACGUGCUAACAGACAUGACGUGUGUAGUGUUGACCAGGAAAGUGAAGGGUUGCUUUGAAGGCACAGUGAAGGCUAAUUUGCGGCCGGAAGUGGAGUAAAAGAAAAGCCAAUCAAGUCAGGAUACUAAUGUGAAAAUCGGGAUUCCGCCUCGGGGAAGAAAUUAAUCUGGAUACAAUUAAGAAAAGCAAACGAAAAACUCGUGAUAUCUGAUAAAGCCAGGUGUUGAUGAUGUACUCUGCUAACACAGGUUUCUGAAAGAAAGGAAGAGAAAAGAGCAUUGUGUUUCCAAAUUCAUUUCCUGUUCAGAUUAGCGUUUACAAGCAGUGCACUCAGCUCGGCUUAAAGUUGCACGUGUUCGUAUCUGUGCGUGCGUGUGCAGCAGCUCGCACUCACGGCUCAAGACACCGCACGUUUAGCCGAGAGUGAAGCUGCGCAGCGCGAAGUGCCCGGGAACAUCAUCUUCGGGAUGAGCGGCGCCCGCGGUCGGAGGCGGCGGCUUGUGCGGGAUCCGGCCUCGUGUUAGCGUACGCCCGUGCCUGCGUCGGUGUGAGGGUGAGGCUCUGAGGGGCACGGCGGCGGGAGGAGGAUCGGGGGCAGGAGGACUGUGGCCGGCGAGAACGGCCCGAGGGCGUCGGCCUAGUGGAGGUCUAGUGGUGGUGCUCAGAGUGAUCGAAUGGCAAAGGCUUGAUGCCAGGUGUCCGGUGGUGAAGUUCCCAUCGAGCGCGGGCCGCCAGAGAGGAUCCUGAGCCUUCCUCUGCGGCGACCGCGUGCGAGGUGUGCGGGCGCUCGCCUGCGAGUUGUGGGCCGCAGAGCCAUGAGUGUCGCCAGUAAGGGCGAGAAGAGAAAAGAAAAGCAAAAGCGAAAAACCGCGAGUGAGCCAGAAAAUCGCCGGCGAGAGCGAUAAGAUCGCCUCGAAGAAAAGGGUGACGAGAUCUGCAUCUCGGGCGGCGUCAGCACCAGCAUGGGGUGGGCGUGCGUCCCUUGGCGCGUCGUCCUCGCCGGGGCGGCGCUGCUGGCGCUGACGGGCGAGGUGGGCGUGGGUGGUCUCUACCACCCGUCGCCUGUCGUGCGGACGCGCUACGGCAGCCUCCGCGGCCUCAUCACCACGACCAACUUCGGCGCCCUCCAGCCCGUGGCUAAGUACCUUGGCGUGCCUUACGCGGCUCCGCCCGUACGCAGGCUGCGUUUCAUGCCGCCCAUGUCACCUUUGGAGUGGUCGGGUAUCCGCAAAGCGGAGACGCUGCCGCCCGUGUGCCCACAGAAGUUGCCCGACGUGCACAACCGGCGGGAUGCGCUGCGCGGGAUGCCCGAGGGCAGAUACAACUACCUGCAGCGGCUGAUUCCGCUGUUGCAGAACCAGAGCGAGGACUGCCUCUACCUCAACAUCUACGCUCCCGUCAGAGUGGAAAAGGAGAGGCGAGUGCCGGCCGCAGCAACUCUUGUAGGACGCAGGGCGAGGGAAGCAGGGGUUAAGGGGUCGGGAGACACCUGCGAGGCCGAGGAGAAAGACGGAGGAGCUGAGACUAUUUCCGUGCGCUGA